AGCCUUGGCUCAAGGUUGUUUUUUGGCUCAAAAUGCUCUCUGCUCCACGUUUGUGCUGGCCGCGCCGCGUGCAUGGCGCCUCGAGGAGGCCAUGGCCGAGGAGGAGGAGGACCUCCCAGAUCCGGAAGAGAACGUGCAGGACGAAUCAGAUGAGAUAGAGUUUGAGCAUUCGCAGGAGGACGAAGCGGUGGACUACGAGGAUCCCGGGGGCGCGCCUUCGGACGCUCCGGGCGCGCCCGGCGCGGGCCUGGCGGAGGUGCUCCGGGCCGGCCUGUCGCGGGGCCUGGAGGACCUCGGGCUGGCGGAGGGCGUGGCCGUGGCGUGGGCCGAGAGCCUGGCGGAGGGCCUGGUCUGGCCCGAGGGCCUGGCCUGGCCCGAAGGGCUGGACGCGGGCGGCCGGAGGGCCAUGCGCGGCGGCGGCCGAGGCCUUGGCGAACGAGCUGUCCAAGUGGCCCUCGCCUGCCGACAUCAUCGGUACCGGGGGGCUGCCGCGCGGAGAGCCAAAGCAGGGCUCAUUUCGAUAUCCCCGAUUCGAUUCGAUUCGUCGAUCGCCGAUCCGGCUUAUCGACUCGAUUUUGGGCUCUCCUGCCAAAGGGCAGCCAGCAAGCCUUGGGACAGCCGACCAUGCGCCGUGUCGGAGGCGAAGGCGUGAAGACAAGUACUCGGCGCGCGCCAGCAAGCUGAGUCUCGAUCCUCUCAAAAGCCCGAGCUCAGGUCUCUCGAGGCUGUGAAGCAGAGCUGCCGCCCACGCCCAAUUGUUUGGUAUGCCAGAGAGCUGUGCAGCUGCUCUCCGUCUCGAGCCAGUGGUGUUCUGAGAGCCAGGCCCAGGCGGUCACACUGUACGUUGUUGCCCGGCCGGCCAACUUGCGGUGUCCCAAAUCCUGCUAGCGAGGUGACAGAAGCUUCCAGAGGGUCAGUCGAU